GGGCACGGAUUUGGCAUUUCUGGAUGCCCCAAACCUUAAAACCUUCUUCCACACUUCCUUGGCACUGGGUCGGGCAGCAUCCCACUAAGCAGAUCCAGGCUGGGAUCCCCCCGAUGCCACAGGAGCGGGGUACGCUUCCUCCCAUUCCCGGUUCCCUCUCCCUUGCCGCUCUCGGACAGCCACAUCGGGGACCCCCGGUGCCGGAGGGGACCCCGGAGCGGGAUUUGCCCCCCUGCCGUGCUCGUGAUGCGGGGGACGGCGGCGGCGCCCGGCCCCGCCCGGUGCCCCUCCCGGGGCAGGGCGCAGGCGGAGGUUUGGCGGGGGGGGGGCCGGGGCUGACGAGGCGUGAUCGCCCAAGGCCCCUCCUGCCUGCCGGGGAAGCCUUAAAACACCCCGGCGAGGCGCGGAGUCCCGCACUCGGGAGCCCCGACCCACGGGCAAGAAGCGCCAAGCCUCGCCCGGAUCCGCUCCGCUGCGACCGCCGCCAUGCAGGGCACCAUGAGGCUGUGGGUGUCGGUGCUGACUUUCGCCCUGUCGCUGCUGGUCUGCCUGGGGACGCUGGCAGAAGCGUACCCCUCCAAACCGGACAGCCCCGGCGAGGACGCUCCCGCAGAGGACAUGGCCAGAUACUACUCGGCUCUGAGGCACUACAUCAACCUCAUCACCAGGCAGAGGUACGGAAAGAGAUCAAGCCCAGAGACACUGAUCUCAGACCUCUUGUUGAGGGAAAGCACAGAAAACAUUCCUAGAUCCCGGUUUGAAGACCCUUCGAUGUGGUGAUGGGAUUUUCAGCACACCAUCCAAAUUUUUCCUAGUUUUCAAUUCAUACUUCACUCCUCUGAAGCAAAUCAUAGCAUCAUUCCCAGUGCAUGCAGCCAUUGUACUGAACUCUGUAGAGUUUUUCCUUCAUCAUAUUUGUAUAUACUUUUAUUUAAAUAAAUUAUUUGUGCAUUCCAAAAUACAACAUACUAA